UUGAAGGGACCAGGGACCUUAGUUCUUUUUUUUAUUAUGGAGCUGAAGUUUCUCCUUGUAUUAUCUUUUGUUCUCUCUUUCAAAGAGGAUUGGUUGUCUUUUUCUUGUAGUUUUUGCUUCUUCUGUCUUUAGUGGGAAAUUGUUCCUUAACUAUAAUGGUGGGAAUUUGUUUAUUUCCAUCCUCAACUCUUACUACGAUUGAUUCUUUGCUUAAUUUUUUAAAUAACUACCCACUGACUGGAGCUAUUGAAUUGGCAUGACUCAAUCAACUCAAGACAUUUUAAAGUUUUUAACCUAGGUAGAGCUACGUAUGACAAUGGAGAUUAUAGAAGUAUAGAUUAUUCCUUUUUUAGGAAAAAGAGCUCUCAGCUACCAAUGGUCUUUCCUGUUUUAGCUUAAUAUACUGCAUAAGCGGAUUGAUCUAUUUAAUGGGGUAUGGGGACACAUGGAGAAAAACUAAUAUGAUAGUUAAUGCUACUUGAGUUUCAAUAUUUGAUAAUUACUAAAAUAAUGUUGAUAAAGUACUAUGAUGUUUUGGUUCAAGUCUCUGGAAGUUCAUAUCUCACAUAAGUCCUUGUUUCUUUAAUCUGCUUUCUUUGCCAAUUGGGAUAGUUCCCAUUUUGUGUCUAGAAUGAUGCUUGCUUGGGAUAUUGUUCAUUUUAGAAUGUUCUUGCAUAGCUUUAUCAUCUCUAACUUUGCAUGACGUCCUUCUUUACUGGUUUAUUCUGCUUCCCAUGUUUUCUAUUUCCCCAAGGAUUUCCUGUUCUUUAAGAAUUGUCAGGGUGAGAAGACUUCUGAUUUUGCAUGUUUGUUGAGGUUUCUAGACUCGUUUUAUAGAACCAACUCCUCUUUGGUACAUGGCCAAUAAGUAUAUAAAUAUUCCUCUCUAUAUGUUGUCAAGUCUGUAUGCCCCAUUUAUUUGGCACUACAUCAACACUUCCUCUUUUGGUGCUAAUGUAUCCCUAUUAUUAUCUCUCAUCCAUUCCAUUCCUUUUUUUUGGACUAAAGCUCAUUAUUUACUUCACUUCCCCUUAUUUAUCUAUAUAUGUCAUAUUUCCAUUUCUUUUUUGCUGCAUCCCAUUAGCAAGCACAACACUACUCCAUUUUCUUCAAUCUUACACAUAGAUGAUGCAGCAGUUCCUGAUGGAUGAAUUCUCCACUGUUGAUGGUUUUGUGGAGAUAAGUGAUUGCAUGGCAGAGAUGAUUAAGUAUGUGGCUAAUGAACCAUCUGUUGGGCUUUUCUUUAUUCAACAUCAUGCUCAAAAUGCAGUGCCCAAUGUCGUUACAGCUAAGAAAAAUGUUGUUGAGAAGUCUCAUGAAACAACUUUGCACAUGGAAAAUUUGGAGGACUCUAUCGCUAUGGUUAGAUCAAUGAAAGAGUGUGGAUUUCCCAUAGCCAAUAAUAUGAUUGGAGAGAUUAAAAAAUCGCUGGUAACUAUGACAGCAAAACAACCAAAAAGAGGGUUAAUCAAUUCAGCAUCAAAUUCUCAAACAAAAAGACCUAGUUUCUGGGGUAAUGCUCAGGAUGGCAAUGAAAAAAGGAGUAACUAUUUUUCAAAUGUUUUGAAGUCAGCAAAACAGAAGGCUAGAAGUUUCAAGUGGCCACAGCCUGAUACUGAGGAAUCAGUGGGUUGUAUGGAUGAGAAGCCACAGACAAACCCUACUUUGCCAUUAUCAGUCAUGUCUGCGAUAUCUUUACCGGCUACUGAAAUCGACGAAUUGCCAUUAUCAAGCCAGGUUGAAGACGAGUCUCAACCUGAACAGACUAAUGUUAGUGAUAUGAGCGUUAAGUUAUUGUCAGUAUCAGAAAGAUACGAUGACUUCAAAGCUAAUAAAGAAGCCAAACUAGAGGAGUGGCUGGAAGGAGCUUGCACCCUUGAUGAUAAUAGUGUUACAGGUGAUGAGAAAGGUGUUAGCUUGGCUACACUUCAAUAGAAAGCUUCAGCCUCAGCCUGUAUAUGCCAUUGAGUCUCUAAAUAGUGAUUAUAAAUAAAAAUGAUUUUUGCGAUGCUGUGAAAUGUUCUUUGAAUAAGCAUGAAUUUUAUUUG